AUGGAGCGUUACGAGUCUCUGGGUCUGGUCGGGGAGGGCAGUUAUGGCACCGUGCUGAAGUGCCGUCACCGAGACUCCGGCCGCCUCGUCGCCAUCAAGAAGUUCAUGGACUCGGACGAUGACAAGACGGUGAAGAAGAUCGCUCUGAGGGAGAUCAAGCUCCUGAGGCAACUGCGUCAUGACAACCUGGUGAACCUUCUAGAAGUGUGGAAGCGCCGCCGCCGCUGGUACCUGGUGUUCGAGUUCGUGGAGCGAACGCUCCUGGACGAUUUGGAGCAAAACCCGAAUGGACUGGACCUGAACACCAGCCGGCAGUACCUGUACCAGAUCCUGAGGGCUGCGGCCUUCUGCCAUGAGCAACAUAUCAUCCACCGGGACAUCAAACCAGAGAACAUACUCAUCUCUCAGGGGGGCGUGGUCAAGAUCUGCGACUUUGGCUUUGCUCGAACCAUGACAUCACCCGCCGGGGGGGGGGUCUAUACUGACUAUGUGGCCACUCGCUGGUACAGAGCCCCUGAACUGCUGGUGGGAGACACCAAGUAUGGCAAACCUGUGGACGUGUGGGCUGUUGGUUGUCUGUUAAUAGAGAUGUUAACAGGUCAGCCUCUGUUUCCUGGAGACUCCGACCUUGACCAGAUUUACCACAUCAUCAGGUGCUUCGGUAACCUAACAGCUCAUCACCAGGAGCUGUUCUACAGGAAUCCCAGCUUUUCUGGAGUCAGACUGCCUGAAUGUUCUGGCAGAGUCCCACUGGAGCAGCGCUUCCCUACAAUCACAACCACCGCCCUGGACCUGGCACAGAGUUGUCUCCAGAUGGAUCCAGAGAGACGAGCUCAGUGUUCAAAACUGUUAGAGCAUCCUCUGUUCACACAAGACUCUUUCCACAUCAGGGUUUUGGAGGAGCUGAAUGCUAAGAUCCAGAAAGACCACAGAGAAAAUUCUACCCUUCCCAAAAUAGCCAAAACCUCAAGACGGAACAAGGAUGAAGGCGAUGACAAGAACCGGAGAGGCAAAGACAAGAAACAAUCUGACGACAUGGAUGAGAAAGUCAACAAGGAAAAGGAGAAGAGAGAGAGCGGAGAAGAAAAGAUAAGGAAAACAAAAGGCAAGCAGCCUUCAAAGCCUCCUACAAACAUCUGGAAUACCCCAGAACCUUUGAUGUCCAAACAGUCCAAAACAUCAGGCACCAAGAUUAUCAAUAAUGCAGCAAAAAUGACAGUGACCAUGAGAAGUAAACCGGGAAAAGCCACAGGUUCGGAGCUGAGAAAGGAACCUGAGAUUUCUAAACCAACUAACACCCUUACUUCUGAUUCAUUGGAGGCUUCAAAGACUGCAACAGAUCUGACAGACAAUAACACAACGGUAGCUAAACCCAAACAUCGGAAAGUUGCUUCCCCAGAGCCAAGAACGAGUCAUUCAAAAAAUACCGAAACAAAAGACAGAGACUCUACUGGCUUGCGUUCCAGUUGCUCAGACAACACUGUGUCAAACCCAAGUCAAGAUGUUAGGAAGAGCUGGAACAACUCAAACACAAAGGUUCCCAAAUUGACAAAAAGCUCAACCACUGACCAUUCAGAUGAGUGUUCAUCUCCAAAAGCUUCUUUGAAAUCAACCAUGGAUCCUACAGACACUAACCUGACACAGAAAAUGAGACAAAUUUCCACAACAGAAUAUCCUGAAGGGGCUGCAACAGCUGUAACUGCUAAGGCAUCAAAUAGUGGCCAAGUAGAGACAAGCCUGACACUGAAGGAGUCUCAACCACCCAGCAAUGACCGCAUUGAGGGUACCGCCCCAACUAUCCCUUCUGCCGCCAAGCCAUGGAAGACAGCUACUCCUUCAGAGCGUCAGACCAAUCAUUCAAACAUGGACACAGAGCAAAUACCACCCUCUGAAUGUCCAAAAGUCUUACCCUCAAACUCGCCAAACAAGCCAUCUAAGACUACCUCAAACUCUGGCCCAAAAUUGACCAAAGACAGCACGUCUUUGUCCACCAGCCCAUCCAAGACUCUUACCUCAGAUCUUUCAGUGCAGUCCUCUACAGGUUUUAUAGAGGCUAGUCAUGCCCAUAGCGCCACAACACUCACUAAAGGAGCCCUCCAAACUGGCUCAUCUUCGGAUACUAAACCCAUAAAUUACACCACGUGUUUACCCAACAAACCUUCCGGGGGCCUUCCAACAGACAGUGAACUUGCAGAAGUAUGUAUCGCAGCCAGACAUCAGCAGGAUAGUUGUAAUACUUCAAACAAGGACAUAAAGGAGGACCAUGGAUGCUUCAAGAUGAAUCUGACCACUAAAACAGCUGCAAACCACAUUAAGAUAGCCAAUGCUUUAGAUGGAGACUGUAAGGAGAAUCCUGAAUCUUCUGAGCCCUGCAGCAUCCAUCAGCAGAGCACUUCCAAGCCCAAGACCCCUACAGAAUUCAGAACAACCUCAACCUCCAUGCUGAGUGAAAUCCCUAAAAACAGCAUGUCAGAAGGGACCACUAUCCCGAAAGCAUUAAACGUCUCAGAUAAAGAGAACAGAGAGGAUUUAGCGCUUCAGUCAGUCAUCAGUGCAACAACCAAAUCUUUAGUAAAUAAGACCUCAAAGAACCACAGCAGUAAAGCUGAACCUAACGUGAAAGCCUUGAAACCUCCUCGUUGCAAAUCUUUGAUCGGAGAACCUAAAACAAAGCUCAUGUCUUUUAGCAACCACACCAAGUACGCCCCAGCCAUGACUCAGAAAACCAGAUUUCCUAUAGAGGCGAGGAAGAAUAGAGACAACCCAGACAGAAAGACCACAACAAAUACAUCCACCAUGGCAGAGUCGACUUCAUUCACCUCUACAGCUACUCAGGACCACAAAGCUUCGACAAGAAGUUCUACAUUUCACAACGUGGACACUGCAGACCAUAAUGAGUUGGAUUUCAGUUUAUCCCAUUCCUCUCCUCCUCCUCCUCCCCCUCCCCCCUCCUCCACUCCUUUACUCCUCCCUCCAUCUUCCACGCCCCUUAUUCCCUCCUUCUCUGUCGUCAGUACCAACAGCCCAGCCACCAGCGAGCUCCUUCCACUGGGGGCAGGUUUCCAUCCUGGGACCCACAGCCUUUGGUGUGUCGACAAGUCAAAGCAUCAUGGUGGCAUUUACAGCCGACUGGCCCAACAAGCUCUGUCCAGCCACGUUCCAGGAUCACUGUCAGCACAGGUGUCAGAGAAGAGUCUGAGCUGCGAGCGCUCCUUCCCGUCCGACCGCUGUCACCAUGGCAACAGCGAUGGUAUUACAGUGACCAAAAAGAAGUCAGACAUACAUUUCCCAGAUCUGAGGAGCUCAGUGCUGCCGGAGCUCAGAGGAAGAGAAGGUAAACACAACAAAGGCACCUCCAAAGACCAGAGGAAAGACAAACAUCCGGCGCCGUCCAUUCCUCUGUCAGAGCCACAGCAGCACGGAUACGACAGUACGGAUCCACACUCAUCAUAAAGCUGAAAUUUAAUAAGCUCAUAUUAAAUUAUGAGAUAGAAUCAAGAAUGAUAAUUUCAUGCUUCCAGCCUCACAGAUUUGCUGCUUUUCUUUGAAGUAUUUUAAUAAUGUGGUGGUUUGGACUGUUGGUUGGACUUCACACUGUG